AUGAUUUCACGAAUAGCAUCUCUAAGAUCACGUUUACCCGAUCUUGAAUCCGCGCUGCACUCCUUCACAGCAUCGCCUUCAAAAUUCCGUGUUGUGCGGACGGUCAAUGCCACAUCAACACAGCCGAGGACGCUCUACAUCCUCGACUCGUCGUUCAAUCCACCUUCAGUUGCACACCUCACACUCGCGACAUCUGCCCUGAAGCAGCAUGCACCGUUAGAAAAUGGUCCAUAUAGGCUAUUGCUACUUUUCAGUACACAUAAUGCAGAUAAGGCGCCGAGCCCGGCAAGCUUCGUGCAGCGCAUUGCCCUGAUGACCCUCUUCGCCGAAGACCUGUCGCGAAGUCUCAAGAAUGCGGCACCCUCGCUCGGAUCUGACGUAGCGGAUAUCUCAAUUGACAUUGGCCUAACAAAAGAACCAUACUACAGCGACAAGUCGACUGCCAUCACCGAGACCACCCCGCCCUUCUACGCGUCGAACCCGAUCCAUGUCCACCUCGUCGGCUACGACACCCUCAUCCGCUUCUGCAAUCCGAAAUACUACCCAAAGCACGACCCGCCCCUCUCAGCGCUGAAGCCAUUCUUCGCUGCAGGCCACAAACUCCGCGUUACGCAGCGACCAUGCGACCCGAGCGAUGCGUCGUCUAAUGAGUUUGGCUCGCUUGAGGAGCAGCAGAAAUACCUGCAGGACCUGAAGGAUGGCGAGCAAGAAAAGGCAGGCUUUGAGCCAGCUUGGGGCAGUAAUAUAGACAUGACGCGGGCCGAUGAGAGUGUUGGUGUCAGCUCGACUCGGAUAAGGAGCGCCGCGAAGGAGGGCAGGUGGGAUGAGGUAGGUGAAUUGUGUACCGAGGGCGUAGCUGCUUGGAUCAAGGAUCAGGAAUUAUACAGUGAAGACGCUGCUGGGAAGAAGAUGAUGUCCUAG